AUGGCGCAGCGAGCUGCCCUCGUUUCUGCACUCUUCGCCGCGGCCAGCCGCGCGCAGCAAGCCUGCACAACCACCACCGAGACCAAGCCGACGCUUUCCUGGUCCCAGUGCACUGCUUCCGGUUGCACCAACACCUCCGGAUCAGUCACCAUCGACGCCAACUGGCGCUGGGCCCACGACACCUCCGGCUCGACCAACUGCUACACUGGCAACGAGUGGAACGCCGAGCUCUGUCCUGACGAUGAGACUUGCGCUUCCAAGUGCUGUGUCGAUGGCGCUGACUAUGAGGCUACCUACGGCAUCACGUCCGAGGAUACUGCCCUGACGCUGAGCUUCGUCAAGCAGGGAACCAACAAGAACGUCGGUAGCCGUACUUUCCUGAUGGCCUCCGACACCGAGUACCAGAUGUUCGAGCUGUUGGGCAAGGAGUUCACCUUCGAUGUCGACGUUUCUAAGCUGCCCUGCGGCCUGAACGGAGCCCUCUACUUCGUUUCCAUGGAUGCCGACGGCGGCAUGUCCAAGUACGCCGGCAACAAGGCCGGUGCCGAGUACGGAACCGGCUACUGUGAUGCUCAGUGCCCCCGUGACCUGAAGUUUAUCAACGGCCAGGCCAACGUUGACGGCUGGGAGCCAUCCUCCAAUGAUGCCAAUGCAGGGGUGGGUAGCCACGGCUCAUGCUGUGCAGAGAUGGACGUCUGGGAGGCCAACGUCGUCUCCACUGCCCUGACUCCUCACUCGUGCACCAACACCUCCCAGACCAUGUGCGAGGGCGACAAGUGCGGAGGCACCUACUCCUCGGACCGCAACGCUGGUGUCUGCGACGCCGACGGGUGUGACUUCAACCCUUACCGCUUCGGAAACACCUCCUACUACGGCAAGGGCUCCGAGUUCGUCGACACCUCCAAGGUGUUCACCGUCGUCACUCAGUUCCUGACUGACGAUGCCGGUGCCCUGAGCGAGAUCAAGCGCUUCUACGUCCAGGACGGCAAGACCAUUGGCAACGCCGAGUCUAACCUCGAGGGCGUGUCUGGAAACUCUAUCACACCUGACUUCUGCACUGCCCAGAAGACCGCCACCAACCAGACCGACACCUUCAAGGAGAAGGGUGGCUUCGACUCCAUGACCACUGCCAUGAAGGACGGCAUGGUCCUCGUCAUGUCUCUCUGGGACGACCACUACGCCAACAUGCUCUGGCUCGACUCCACCUACCCCGUCGACUCCAAGGACCCCGGUGCUGAGCGUGGCUCCUGCGCUACCAGCUCCGGUGCCCCCGCCGACGUCGAGGACAGCGCGGCCGAUGCAACCGUGAUCUACUCGAACAUCAAGUUCGGCGAGAUCGGCAGCACCUUCGCCGCCCUCUAA